UCUAGUGCCCACUUCACUUCUGAUCUGGGCCCCCCUCUCUUAUCGCCAUACCCUCGCCAUACCCACUGCAUUAAUCCCUAUAUCGUAUCCGUAGUAUUACUCCGUCUCUGUCUCUAGGCCGUCUGUGCACCACUCCCCACCAUGCAGAUCCCCAUCUCGCAAAUGUACGUCUUCCUCGCAUCCCUGGAUCGCCGCGGCGCGGACUUGUGCAACUGACAGCUGACAGAUAUCUCGAUAACUACUUUCACCUCGUCGGCAUCGCGAUACUGUAUUACGACCAUACCCUUACUUUCGGCGACGAAUACACAUACGUAUGGACCACCCCGCGAAGUGGCGCAUCGAUGCUCUUCAUGCUCAACCGUUACUUCGCAUUCUUCUCUAAUAUUGCAAUGACCAUCGCGAAAUUUGUUCGCUUUCACUCCGUAGAGAGCUGCGAACAUUAUUCCACAUACCGACUAGCCAGCCUCAUCGGCGCACAAAUCAUAGUCGGAAUAAUCCAAGCCCUACGGACUUUCGCGUUGUACGGACGAAAGAAACGGAUAGGGAUACUCAUGAUCGUCGUCGCCGUUAUCCUGGCGGCAGUCGCUAUUUGGUGCGCGAUAGGGCCUACGCCGGAUGUGUCCCUUGAGAUAGGGUGCACCAUCGCUUCGCCGCGGCAUACGUCCAUCCGAUAUGCUGUCGCAUGGGAAGCGCUCUUCAUCUGGGACUCUUUCAUCUUCUCGCUUACGAUACUGAAGACGUACAAAGAGCGCUUUCGAUACGCCGCCGUUGCGCGGGGAAACGACUUGCUGUCGCUGAUUGUGCGAGACGGCGCAAUAUAUUUUGCCAUCAUGGCCUGUGCGCAGUGUGCCAACAGCCUAACAUACUAUUUCUGUCCACCCGCCCUGAUAGGCACGCUCUGCACAUUCGCGAGCGCGAUCUCCGUGAGCAUGAUGUCACGACUCAUGCUCAACCUGCGGCGCACCGCGCCGUCGGGCCACGCCACGACGGCCACGACACCGCCGGGCUACAUGAUGACGAGUGACUUCGGGUUCGUGGUAGCCGCAGAAACGGAGACGGAGACAGAGGAGGAGCUGAAGAGCAUGGCUCCCAGCCUCUGGGGCGCGCUCGAGAGCGGGCUGUACGAUACGAGUAGCAGCAGCCGCAAGGGCAAGGCACGCGCCGUGAGCAAGUGAAAUCUCGCUGGGCGUGCGUCCGAAAGUGAAUAAGGGAGCGUACGCAUUGUUGCGAUCGUCGUGAGGUGGUCGAGACACAACCCAUGAUUGCGCAGGAUUGCGCCUUGCGCGGCGUCCGUCGAGAAUCGGCGGAAGUAUAUGUGUGGGAUCGAUCGUGGCACCGAAGAGGCGUCGAUCGUCGAAACCUACUAAACGCAUGAUUUCGAGUAUAAUGUCCCCCCGAGGGCAGGUAAAUGGUUGCUACAUGUCUAGCGUCGCAGAGGCUCUCAGUUAAAAGUAGAUUGAACUUCAUAUCACCGAAUGUGACAACACAGGGCGACGGCCUUGAUUAAUUACUCG